UUCAUAUAUAUAAGUGUCCGUCAGCCUUAAAAACCUAACAAAUCAAACAACCCUCUUUACAUACCCCUCCACCCCCAAACUCAUUGGAAAUCUAUCCAAACCCCUAAAGGAAGUCAUGGUUCCAGCUGAGUCCCCAUGCUCACAACCAAAAAUUAUCUUCAUGCCAUUAAUCAUAGCUCUAUGUAUCAUUGUAUCAGUAGUUCUAGCUCUUCUAGCACUUCACUCUAUGAUCAUAAAACUCUGCAUGGGAGAACACCAUGAGGUAUCUCAAGAGUUCAGAGGAGUUAACAAGAAGGUAUUAGAGGCCAUUCAAGUCUAUGCUUACACUAAGAAUGAAGAUGAGCCUUUGGACUGUUCAGUGUGUUUGGGAGAGCUUGAAGAAGGAGAAUCAGUGAGAGCUUUGCCAAACUGUGGCCAUGUCUUCCAUGCUUAUUGCAUUGAUUCAUGGUUAGUUCAACAUUCAACUUGUCCUUUAUGUAGGCGUGGAAUAGUCAUUGUUGAGCCUUUGAUUGUGCACGGGGAACAUCAUGGUGAGUCAAGUGAUGAUGGUAGUGUUGUUCAUGAUUUUUCCUUUGCUAUGGUGAGGGAGAAGUUGAUGUUGAAAGGAGCAUUACUUAUGAGUUUUUUAGCUUUGUUUUCUUCUUAUGGUGUUGAGGAGAGGAGUGACUCUUCAUUUUCUAAUAAUGUUUGAUUUAUUAUUUGUAAAAUUAUAUAUUGUUUAAUUGUGUGUGUGUGUGUAUAUAUCAUAGUGUUGGCUAUUAUAUCUAGAGAUGUAUAUA